UUUCUUGGCCAAACAAGACAAAAUUGAGUUAAAUCAAACGACGAUUAACGCGAUCAAAGAAAGGUCUUCAAGAUGAAAUCUUGUGCAGUUUUAUUAUGUCUGGUACUGUGUAUAGCACUGUUUUCAGUGACACAAUCACAAGAGUUGCGUGAGUACGCGGGCGAUUGCAGCAAGUACCUACAUUGCCGUGCGGGUGGUUGUCAUAUCAUGAGCUGCGGUAAAGGAACAGAAUUUAAUCCGUCUAUAGGCACUUGUGACUAUCCUUUGAUGAACCGUCAAGGAUGUCAUAAUCGUGGAUAACAAUUUUAAUUUACGAGAAAAUGUUGUAAAGAUGCAGAACUCUUUAAAAAUAUUCUAUUCCUGUUUAAACGGUUACCUGUUAUCACACAAUAUAAAUAAAAUUAUAAUGUUAAUUUGAA